AUGAAUCACCACGUUCCGGAUUUCGAAAUGGAGGACGAUUACUCAAUCCCGGCUUCUUCUGCUCGCCCCGGAAAAUCCACCAUGUCGGAAGACGAGAUCAUGGAGCUGGUAUGGCACAACGGACAGUUAGUGAUGCACAGCCAAAGCCAGAGGCCGGCACAAAAGAGGUCCAAAUACGACGUCGUUAUUCCGGAACACAUCACAGCUCCGGCCGCGCCACCGCAGCAGCAGCCGGAAACUCAGCCGCAGCUGUUUAUGCACGAAGAUGAAAUGGCCUCCUGGCUACACUACCCUCUCAACGACGACGAUUCGUUCUGCUCCGACCUUCUUUAUAACAAUUCCAGUAACGUUCAACCCAACAACAACAACACCGCCAACUCGCCGCCGGCGCCUCCUCGGCCGCCGGUCCAUCCUUUGCCGAGGAGGUCCGAGGCCCAGAACUUCCUCCUCUUCUCCCGACUCAACAGCAACAACAACAAGUCUCCGUUUGUUUCGGCGGCGGCGGCGGCGCCGAGGAGCGUGGUGAGGGAAACGACGACGGUGGUGGACUCGAGCGACACUCCGCUGGUGGGCCCCGGCUCCAGGGCUACUGAGUCGAGGCUCGACAAUAAUGAUAGCCCCGGCAUCAGCAUGAGCGGAGGCGGCGGACUUGCUACCGCUACUACCGCCACCGCGGCCUCAGCCGGGAAAGACGCCCUGACAUGCGAGAUGUCGCUGACGUCGUCUCCCGGCGGAGGCUCCACCAGCGGCAGCGGCAGCCUAAGCGCCGAGAUGGUGUCGACGCAGAAGCCCCCGCCGCCGCUGCCGCCGCCGGUGGACCGGAAGCGCAAAGGUAGAGAGAGAGAGCCCGACGACGCCGAGUGUCAGAGCGAGCAGGAUGUGGAGUUUGAAUCUGGCAGUGCAAAGAAGGUAAACCGGGGAUCGAGUUCGACGAAGAGAUCACGAGCCGCGGAGGUCCACAAUCUCUCCGAAAGGAGACGUCGGGAUAGGAUCAACGAGAAGAUGAGGACUUUACAAGAACUGAUACCUCGUUGCAAUAAGUCGGACAAAGCGUCAAUGCUGGAAGAAGCGAUUGAGUACUUGAAAUCACUUCAGUUGCAAGUUCAGAUGAUGUCCAUGGGAUGUGGCAUGGUCCCUAUGAUGUUUCCUGGUGUUCAGCCAUAUAUGCCAAUGGGGAUGGCCCGGAUGGGAAUGGGCAUGGGCAUGGGAAUGGAAAUGGGAAUGAAUCGGCCUAUGAUGCCAUAUGGGAAUGUGUUAGCUGGUUCCCCCAUGCCAACAGCAGCUGCAGCAGCUCAUAUGGGACCGAGGUUUCCUAUGCCAGCAUAUCAAAUGCAGACUAUGCUUCCCAAUGAUCCUAACAGAGUCCAAGCAACAAAUCAAUCUGAGCAUAUGUCUAACCCGCUUGGGACAGAAAGUCAGAACCAAACACGAGCACCAAAUUUUGCAGAUCCUUAUCAGCAGUACUUCACUCCCCAGCAGAUGCAGAUGCAGCUACAUCAGAAUCAAGCUAUGGCUCAGCCAAGUUCUACCCAGCCGAGUUCCAGUAUGGGACCUGAAAAUCAAGAGAGUCAUCAAUGAGGUAUGCCUGUUUCUUCUAUUAUAGUUUUUUUCAUAAAUGUUGAAAAUUAGUCUGGUUCUGAUAGGCAGGGUAACACGGAAGGUGUUGGGGUUAGUAGCUCAUUUCAGUCCAGAUGACUAGUAUCGCAUCAUAUCUAGAACUAUCUCUUGACAAUUUUUGCUUCUUUUAAUGUACUGGGUGGUUUUUGAGAGACACUAUCAAUCAAUAGUUGGAUCUCCUUGAUCAGAAAGUGUCCUAAACUUCUUGUUAGAAAUUGAACGAGAUUCUAGGAAAAUGUAUAUGAAUUCAG